AAAUGUUCAUCUGCUGAACUAUGUAGUAUUCAGAUAAAAUCAAGAAGUUAAUUUAUUAUAAGACUGGUUAUAGUUUUUGUUUUAGGGUCAUUUAUAGUUUAUUGCAACAUUAUUACUAUUAUAAAGGCAGUUUUAUAAUCCUAUUUACAGCUGUUUAAAGCCACCAGGGUGAAAAAACAUUUUAUUUCAAUGAUUUCUGUUCUUUAGUUCUUUAUUAUUCUAGUGUUUUAAUUCCUUUGAAUCUGUUUCUGAUUGCCUUAAGAUGGAUGCAUUCAUUUAUUUAUGAACGAGUCCCACUUCACAGGAGCUGUGCAGCAUGAAGCUACCAACCUGCUACUUCAUGACAUUCACGGUUUAACCACAGGAAACUACAGUUUCUGUCCGUUUGCAUGUAUGAUGUGAAGGUUAUUACACGUAUUUGUUGGUUCUUACAUCAUGAUGUGUUUUACAAUCAAUAAAAAUAAAUCUCAUUUUAUAAGCAGGCGGCCCAGUUUAGGUGGAGAACUGGUGCAGUUUUUUAUAUUAGUUUAAAACUGGAUACGGUAAACAGUUGUACUAUUUAACUGUGCCAUUCAUUUUUGAAGAGAAAACCCACAGAGAAUAUGAAGACCAUUACUAAUAACUACACACCUUUGAGUGGAACAUCUCCAACAUCUUCACUGACCUCAUCCAUUAGAACCUUCAUGUUCUGGUUCUGAAAAACCCGCCUCCGUCUUUGCUUCACUGUCUGUCCAAUCAAACGUCUCUUAUUGUGGUUUUCUACCUCCCUGACAGCUGAUUGGCCGGCUCCAUCAUGCUCCGCCCCCUGCUGUAUCUGUCUGCUCUCACCACCCUGGCAGGUGCUCAGCAGACAUUUAAAGCCUCCUCAGAGUUUGACAUCAGCUCCUGUCCCAUCACCAUUUAUGGACAGACAUACCAACACGUCUAUGUGAACCUCACCAGUAAGAACCUGGUGGUCUGCUUCAACAGCUUCUACAGCCCUGGAACCAAAGACGACUGCAUUUUUGGACCUCUUACCGACUCUGACAGUGCAGAAUUUGAGAAGUACCAGAGGAUUCCGAUUUUAGAAACCAUCGUGAAAUACAGCGUGCCGACCAUUAAGACCAGGAUGGACUGCUACUUUUCUUUCUCUUACCAACACAACAAGGGCUACGCCACCCUGGCGCUGAUAAACUUUGGACCUCAAACAGUUCUGUAUCUGUACUCUCCUGCUGAGGGCACGGUGGUGGUGGACGUCCAGGUGGACGGAACCUCAGCUGAUCAGGUGGAAGUCACCAACACUCCUACCAGCAGACAGACUCGUGGGUAUUUAGACAUCAGCGGCUGCAGACAUUCAGGUGCUGUGUAUAAACCUGCCACACAGGUAAACUCACCUGAAACCUGCUUCAGUCUCACCUGUGAUGAAGAUGUUGUCCUGAAAACCUCUUCCUGUGGUCCUCUGGAGCGUUGCCUUGGAAACAGCAGCUGCAUCCCUGCUGUUCUGUAUGAUUCCAUAUUCAACCCCAAACUGGACCUGGUGUGCACGGUGACGGGCCCCACCCUCAUCGACUUCCAGGGCCACGUGACCUCUGUAAAGGAUCGAUGCACCUACUCUCUGCUGUCCAUCCCAUCAGUCCCAGGCCUCCAGGUGCUGGCCAACUUCCAGGAGCGGCGCCGUAAAGACGUGAGCUUCCUGGACAGCGUGACACUGUGGCUAGACAGGCUGGGUGUUCACAUCCACCUGAAACAAGGCGGCAGAGUUCUGGUGGACAACUCAACACUGACCCUGAGCAGCUCGGCUCAGAUGGUUCAUGGUGUGGAGCUCUCUCAGGAUCUAACCGGAGUCACUGCUAAGCUCUCGCUCUCCAACUUCACUGUCUCUGUCUUCUUUGACGGCUACACCGUGCAGAUCCACCUGCAAGGUCCGAUUGGAUCAGCUCUGCAUGGUCUGUGUGAAAACUCCAGCAGGUCUUUGACAGAACUGAAGUUGUCUGAGUCCAGCUCCACCAGCUGUGAGAUGCAGUACACCGACAUCAAUGACUCUGUGAUCAACUGCACCAGGAUGACUGAAUACUGUAACUUCCUGAAGGAGGCGCCCUUCUCCUCCUGUGACAUCGACCCAGAGCCCUACAUCACAGCCUGCACUGACACUUUGUGCAAAUAUCCUGAUCUUGAUGGCCUUAAGUGUCAGUUCCUGGAGGCCUAUGCUAAAACCUGCAGGCUGAAGCACAAUGCCACGCUGGAUGGCUGGAGGUCCAAGUCUGAGUGCUUGAACCCUGAAGCCUUCUGUAAGGACAGGACCUGCAGUGAUCACGAGUUCUGUGGAGAGAAGACUGCUGGUGGAGACACUCGCUGCUUCUGUCGAGCCAUUUAUGCCUCCAAAUACAAAGACAGAAACACUCUGGGUGAUCCAACAGUCUGCAACCAGAACUCUGCUUCCCUGACUCUGGUCAACUGUCUCCUGGUGGAUGCAGGUGUUGACUACACAGUCUUACACCUCAAAGACCUGACCUGCAGGGGUCACAUGGACAAGGAGAGACACAUGGUGACUUUCAGCUUUAAUAGCACCAACCAAUGUGGAUCGGAGGUCACGAGCAACAACAACCAGAUAAUCUACCAGAACACCAUCAGUAACGACGACGGCUUCUCCAACGUCAUCACUCGAAGAGACCAGGUCUUCAUCGACUUCUCUUGCAUCUACUUGCAGGAGGCAACCAAGGCUUUUAAAAUCAGAAGCAGCUCUGUGAUCAAAGUCAUCACCUCUGCAGUUUGGAACGACACCCUGACCAUGAAAGCCUACACAGACGCUGCACGCACCCAGCCUGUGGAGUCCAACACUGAAGUCUGGCUUGAUCAGAAGAUCUGGGUGGAGCUGAAGAUUGAUGGGCUGGAUGGAGACCUGAUCUCCAUGGUGACCAAAUCCUGCUGGGCAACCAAUCAGGAAUCAGACAAUGGAAGCCUAAGAUAUGAGCUGAUCAAAAAUGGUUGUGCCAAUCCAGCUGACCCAACUGUGAUGGUGGAGGGAAACGGAGAAGGAACCUCCAACUACUUCUCCUUCAACAUGUUCCAGUUCUCUGGGAGGUCUGGGAACAUCUUCCUGCACUGUAAACUGCAGCUGUGUGUCAAAGAGGGGAACAGCUGCAUCCCGAAGUGUAAUGGAGCUCGGAGACGCAGGUCUCUCAGGCCCAGAAAUGAAGCUCCAGCACUUAUCAGCAUGGUUUGGACCAACUAGGUUGGAUUCCUCUGAAAUGAAGACACUGGAUGGUCUAGAAUGGCAGGAUGGUCCGUGGUUCUGAUCCACAGUCUGGGGGUGUAACAUGUGUUUGAGUGUUAAGUCACCAGUGACAUGACCAUGAUGAAGAGUUUCCACAGGAAGAUUGUGAAGGGAAUCCAGGCGGGUUGUUUCUUAGUUCCUUAGAGCUGAGCCGUGUUGGAUGAGAUCAUCUGUGCUCCACGUUAACGGUUCAGGGUCUAAAACGAUUUAGUUUAAUGGUUCUGAAUACGAUGGAGGCUUUAUUUACGGUGAAAGGAAGAGGCAGGAAACAAUAUUCUUGGUUUGUGGCUUACUUUUAAAUGAUUAAUGGUGUGAGGAUUGAUUUUUGAUUAAUGCAUGUUGUGGAGAUCAUUGUAAUAAAAUCUAAAAAAUGAAAA